CCCUCUCUGCGCUCUCUUCCUCUUUGAGCUUUAAGCGCCGUCGUCCAUUCGCAGCACUUUGCAUGACCGCGCGGUCCGUCGCUGUAUCCUCCGAGGACAAGAAAGGGGGCAAGAACAGAAGAGGAAGAACAAGAACAAGAACAAGAACAAGAACAAGUAUAAGAAGAAGAGGAGGAAGAUAAGAAGAAGAAGAAGAAGAAGAAGAAGAAGAAGGAGCAGCGAUCUCUGUCCCUGCACCGACCAGCAGCAUCCCACCAGCCCGCUGCAAGCCCCACCGAGAGGCGGAUGCAAUCUGCGCGGUCGGAAUCGUACCACCGGAAUUGGACUACUAACCUAAAGGAACCUGCGUGCACAUCGGCUGCAAACAAGGAACCCGCGCUGCAACACCCGCUUCGGAGUCUAUAGGGAUCGAGGGGGGAUCCCGCCGGAGGAGUCCAGCCGCCCAGUGCGCCCUCUCCACCGGGGAAGGUUCGGCCAGCAAGCCGCAUGGAAAAACGGUAUGAGGACCUGGGCCAUUACCCUGGGUCGGAGGCCAUGUCUUUGGGGGGCUACGGGGACGCAGUGAGGUCACUGCCCCCCCAGCACUACGGACAAACCAUCCCUGACUCCCUGAAGCAUCACAGAGACCUGAUCUACGGUCACCCGCUGUUCCCACUGCUGGCUCUAGUGUUUGAGAAGUGUGAGCUAGCCACCUGCUCUCCUCGAGACUCCGUGUCCUUUUCGGGGACCUCCCACCUCCCGGGCAUGACCAAUCACAGCGACGUAUGCUCCUCCGACUCCUUCAAUGAAGACAUUGCCGCAUUUGCCAAACAGAUUCGUUCUGAGAAGCCCAUAUUUUCUUCCAACCCAGAGCUGGACAACCUGAUGAUUCAGGCGAUUCAGGUGCUGCGCUUUCACCUGCUGGAGCUGGAAAAGGUGCACGACCUGUGUGAUAAUUUCUGCCACCGCUACAUCACCUGCCUGAAGGGCAAGAUGCCCACGGACCUGGUGAUGGACGAUCGGGAGGGCGGGUCCAAGUCGGAUAUGGAGGAUUUCACUGGCUCCUGCACCAGUCUGUCAGAGCAGAAUGCGUCAUGGUUACGGGAGCCUGAUGAGUGUGCCACAACUCCUCUUGGAACCCCUGGCAACUGUGGCCUGCCUUCACACAGCACAGCAGACAACUGCAGCGACACGGGCGACGGUAUGGACGUGGCCUCUCCCAGCACAGGGGAGGAUGAGGAAUCGGACCGCGACAGGAGAAACAACAAGAAGAGAGGGAUCUUCCCCAAGGUGGCCACCAACAUCAUGAGAGCCUGGCUCUUCCAGCACCUAUCGCACCCCUAUCCAUCAGAGGAGCAGAAGAAGCAGCUGUCCCAGGACACGGGGCUGACCAUCCUACAGGUCAACAACUGGUUCAUUAAUGCCAGGAGGAGAAUAGUCCAGCCCAUGAUCGACCAAUCAAAUCGCUCAGGUCAGGGUGGUCCCUACAGCCCAGAAGGAGCAGCUCUUGGGGGCUACGGACUUGACGGACAACACCUGGGUCUCCGUGCAGCAGGUCUCCAGGGCAUGGCCUCUCUACCGGGAGAAUACCCCGGCUCGCUGCUGGCCCAGCAGGGCUACCCUCCCCACCCCGGCAGUUCCCUGCACCCUUACCCCGGCCCCCACCCCCAUCCCGCCAUGCUCCUCCACCCGCCUCCACACACACACCCCUCUGAACCACUCCUUGCACAGGGACUGGACAUCCACGCACACUAGCCGCUUUAGAACUGCACCGCUGUGUGUGUGUGUGUGUGUGUGUGUGUGUGUGUGUGUGUGUGUGUGUGUGUGUGUGUGUGUGUAUCUGUGUAAUGAUACACUGCCGCAUCAUAUAAAACAGAAAAUCUGCAUUGCUUUAAAAGUUUACAUUCCCCUGAAAGACACCUCAAUGUAGCUGAUUACACACAUACACACAUACACACACACACACACACACACACACACACACACACACACACACACACACACACACACACACACACACACACACACACACACACACACACACACACACACACACACACACACACACACACACACACACAGCCUGUAGGUUCAAAGCCAUACCUCUCUCCUCCUAGAAGUGCUUCCUUCUCUUCCACCGCCUCCUCUGCAUCUUGCGGGGAGGAACCAGAUAAGACACACGCUUUAAACUACAUUACCCAUCAAACCCAGGGGGGAGGAAACCACGAGAGGGUGACAUGAACUGACUUGAACUGAAGGGUACUCUUAAAGCGCCGCUGGUGGGCCUGGCUGGAUCAGAAGCAACGGUACGUGGCCACAAAACAUCAUCCCCCCUUAACACUAGUGUCUAUCAGAGGGACCUGUGACCUCACCGGUGCAUAGAUAUCAUUGGACAGAACCUGAGCGACAUCCUCCAAUCCUGUGUUGGUCCCACCUCUGGCCUCUGCCUCUAAACUCGGUCUUCCUCCUUGUGUGUUUGCUGUCAAAGAAAACCCUUCAACACACUACUUUAUUUAAAUGUUUGUUUGUGUUUAGUUGUUAUUCUUUUUAUUAUGUUUUAUAAUCUAUUUUUAUAUUUAUGCGGAAGAGGCGUGAGCUUAAUGUCGACUACUAGUGCUCUUCCUCAGCAUGAAGCUCCACGCUGCGAAUGACCUCUGCUCUGCCUCACUGUCUCACCACUCACCUCCUUAAGAUUACUGUAUAGGUAAUGUUUACCUUGGGAUGUCUCUCAUACACACACACACACACACACACACACACACACACACACACACACACACACACACACACACACACACACACACACACACACACACACACACACACACACAAUGACAUGCAGACACAUACACUGACAUGCAAACACAUACACACAUACACACACACACUGACAUGCAGACACACACACUUCUCUAAAGCAUUUUAUUGGACAUUGUCUGUUUGUCUUGGGAUUGUGAGCGGAGCCAAAGCCAAAGGAACCUUAACAUUGCGCUCCGUCUCCAGUCCCAGCGGCUUUUUUUGGGGGGGGGGGGGGGGUGUAGGGAAGGGGGAUGGGGUGGGGCGUUAGAAACUAGUUGUGAGCAAUAAUGGCAACUAUUGGAAUGGUGACUGCUGUCUGCGAUGUUAUGAUGAUAAUUAUAGUAGGCCCUAUUAAACUUUUUUUGUACAA